UCUGAGAAUGGAUGGGCAAAGAGAAACAGUGCAAGCAAGAGAGGAAGAGUGAACGUGCGUAUUCUAAGAGUCAGCAGCGAGGAGGCAGAAAGUCCACAAGCUCACAUCACCACAGCAGAGAACGACAGGAGGAUCGGGCACCCAGCCACUCUGAAGAGUCAAACACACACCAAAGAGCCACGGAGGGAGAAGGAGAAGAGGAAGAGUACGGGGAAGAGGAGAGAAGGACAGAACACACAUCCAGCUUUCUUCUGGUUUUGACCUCUUCGCUCUCUCCAGCCAUGAUCCCUUGGGUGCUCCUGCUCCUGUGGAUCUCCGGACAUAGGGUGGAGGCUAUGUUUUCCCAGCAGCCUCAGGACCUGGUGGUGGUGGCGGGCCAGCCAGUGACAUUACCAUGCACCAUCCCUGGAUACCAUGGAGUUGUUCUGUGGAUCAAAGAUGGACUGGCACUGGGAGUUGGCAGAGACCUCUCUGGCUAUCCGCGUUACACAGUGAUUGGUGACCAUGGCUCAGGGGAGCAUCAUUUACGCAUCCAGCGUGUCGAGCUGAUGGACGACGCUGUGUUUGAGUGCCAGGCCGUCCAGGCUGCCAUGAGGUCCCGUCCUGCUCGGCUCACUGUGCUGGUUCCUCCAGACGACCCAGUCAUCAGUGGAGGACCUGUGGUCAGCCUCAGAGCUGGGGAUCCUCUUAACCUGACAUGCCACGCUGACAACGCCAAACCCGCAGCCUCCAUUAUCUGGAUUCGCAACGGAGAGGUCCUUAACGGGGCCAUGUACUCCAAGGUAAGCACUGAGACGUUGUUUCGAGAUGGUAGGAGAGAAAGCAGCGUAAGCAGGCUGUACCUUUCACCUUCCAACAUCGAGACGGGUCAGCAGAUCAUCUGCAAAGCCUCCAACAAGGCAGUGCCCAACGGCAAGGAGACCAGUGUCACUAUUGACAUUCAGCAUCUCCCACUUGUCAAUCUCUCGGUGGAGCCUCAGCCAGUUUUAGAGGGCAACCUUGUAAAAUUCCAAUGCUCCGCAAAGGCCAACCCUCCCGUUUCGCUCUACAGGUGGGCCAAAGGAGGAAACAUCCUUAAGGAGGUCUCUGGGGACACAUAUGAGGUUCUUGUGGACCAUUCUUUUUUCACAGAACCUGUUUCUUGUGAAGUUACCAACUCCCUCGGCAGCACUAACGUCAGUCGCAACGUUGAUGUCUACUUUGGGCCUCGCAUGGCUGCAGAGCCUCAAUCUUUGCAAGUUGACCUUGGAUCUGAUGCGGUUUUCAACUGUGCUUGGACAGGAAACCCGUCUCUCACCAUAGUAUGGAUGAAACGGGGUUCUGGAGUGGUUCUGAGCAAUGAGAACCUACUAACUCUGAAAAAUGUGAGGCAAGAAGAUGCCGGGAAAUAUGUCUGCCGUGCUGUGGUCCCACGUGUUGGAGCUGGAGAGAAGGAGGUCUCACUAACUGUAAAUGGGCCACCUACCAUAUCCAGCACACAGACGCAACAAGCUUUACAUGGAGAGAAAGGCCAAAUCAAAUGUUUCAUUCGAAGUACACCUCCACCAGACCGCAUAGCCUGGUCAUGGAAGGAAACCGUUCUGGAGUCUGGAACCUCUGGCAGAUACACCGUGGAGACUGUCAACACAGAGGAGGGAGUCAUUUCCACACUGACCAUGAGCAACAUCGUCCCAGCCGACUUUCAGACCAUCUACAACUGCACAGCGUGGAACAGCUUUGGCUCUGAUACAGAGAUAAUACGCCUUAAGGAACAAGGUGGGAGCCAAGAAUCUCUCCCGGUGGCUGUGAUCAUCGGCAUCGCCGUGGGGGCUUUCGUCGCUUUCAUUGUCCUAAUGGGUACCAUCGGCGCAUUCUGCUGCACCCGCUCACAGAGAAAGGAAGUGCACCUGGUUAUGCCCUCACUGCCCGUCUCCAUCUGUGCUCACCAGAGAGAAGUUGCAAGCAAAAUUAAGACAGAAAAUCUAAAAGGAGUCGUGUCUGCAAAGAACGACAUCCGAGUGGAGAUUGUGCACAAAGACCACAACGCAGCACGUGAAAACGAGGACCACAACUCCAUGAAACAGCUGAUGGUGAGUGUUGAACGAGGAGAGUUCCAGCAGGAAUCUGUUCUGAAGCAGCUGGAGGUGUUACAAGAGGAGGAGAAGGAGUAUCAGCACAUUAAGGACCCCACAAAUGGUUAUUACAGUGUCAACACCUUCAAGGAACACCAUACACCUACGAUGGCAGGGAAUCAGAGUGCCGAAGCCAGGAACCCCACCAAUACCGGUACCCUUGGCAAGCAGAGAGUGCCAACAGGCAUGUCCUUCACCAACAUCUACUCCACUCUGGGGGCAGGCCCUAACCGCCUAUACGACUACGGCCAGCGCUUUGUGCUGGGCAUGGGUAGCAGCUCUAUCGAGCUCUGCGAGCGGGAGUUCCAGCGUGGCUCACUCAGCGACUCCAGUUCUUUCAUUGACACGCAAUGCGACAGCAGCAUCAGCAGCUAUAGUAAGCCGGAUGGCUACGUUCAGUUUGACAAAGACAGCAAGGCGUCUGCCUCUUCCUCUUCCCACUACUCCCAGUCCUCCUCACAGAACUCAGACCUCACCCGGCCCCUUCAGAAGCGCAUGCAGACCCACGUCUGACCUUCAAAGAGAAAGGGGGUUUGAUUGGGGAGCAACAAGCAGACAGGAUUGUAAAACUGUUAAAGAUUUCACCUGCAGGAGGCUCUGGAGUAUCAGUAGUCUAGGUUUUUCCUCUGAAUGGGAUUCUGAAACGUUGAGUGGGCCCCACGCACCUUGUAACUUGCUUUGACAUUAAAAUGGCCCCAAAAAUGAAUUAAGAAGCCUUAUAUUUCCUUCACUCUCAAGUCUUUGACCACCCCCUCCUCAUUUAGACCCAGAAUACAGAUGUGCCACAGAGAGCUUUUUUGCCAACACGAACAGUACAGGUUUUGAAGAACUUGCUCUAUACGUUCAUAUUAAGGGAUCAGAAAGGAUGACUUCAAGGCUUGGUGUGACAAUCAGCUCUGCUGGCAUGAACCAGAUUUGCUUUCUGGAGAUUGUUAUACAAAUGAAAAGCUAGAAUUUGGUGCAGCGCUCUGCACAAACUGCCAGACAAUAAGUAAAAGCCAAUGUCCUGACUCCCUACUGUAGUUUGAAGCACAACAUUGAAUGUGCAUGCCAUUUUCUAAUUCUUAAAGCUAUAACUUUGCAACACAUCGACAUUGCCACUUCAAACACUGUAAAUGGCUAAAUUGUUGGAAAAACUUUUCCAUCACAUCUGCAGACAUUACAAACCCCCGCCACCCUUUGUAUCUGAGCCACGCUGCUGAGGAGAUAAAAAGGAGCUGAGAUCUCAGUUCAAAUUCCUGAGUCAUGUUUUCCCUUUGACACUCCGAUAAAGAACAUCAGUGUACAUAUUUGACCGUCAUUUCUUUUCCAGCAUUUAAUUUUUUGCCUCUUAUUUUCAACAUGGAUGGUGCAGAAUUAUACACCAGCGCCACAUCAUGUCCAUAUCUAUUUUGCCUGGAGGGUCUGUUUUAAACUGGGUCAAUGCUAACUUAUCAAGCAAAAUAAACAAACACUAUCAGCUAUCCAGCUUAUGUGAAGCUGCAUCCAACAUGAUUUUAUGAUACAAAAUCCAGUUCCAAGGCACAUGAAAGAGAAAAGCUUAUAAACCGUAUUGCAUUUGUCCUUUUCUCCUGAAACCACUGACCCCAAACACCAAUGAUGAAUGAAAAGUAAACAUCAUAUUUUAGCUAGUUUUUGUGUGAAUAUCUCAUCAUUUUUGGCAGUAUCAGUGUUGACACUGGGGCUUAGUGCGUUCUGACUGUAUACCUACAUGUGAUUGUGCUGGUCGAACAUGGCAAACAGAUACUGAGAAGGUUUUAUUUCUUUUUCUGCUUUUAUUUUGGCUAAGAAACAGUGGAGGAAGGCUAAUAGCUGUAAUCUUCUCUUCAGUAUGUGUUACAUACAUAUUUCUGCACUACACAAUAACUGAUCCCAUACUCACCCUUUAGCCUCU